AUGCCCCCAGCGAAAGACAAUCCAGUCCCGACAGGACUCCCAGACACAGAUCUCUUCACUCUAGAGUCCAUACCCUCCAAGGGCAAAGGCCUCGUUGCCGCCAAGCCCAUCAGCGCAGGGACGCUGCUGAUCAGCGAGCCGCCGCUCUUCACCACGGCCAGCCUGACGGAUGCAGACAACAUCGAGAAGGACCUAGGCCGCAUCAUCCGUGGGCUGCCCAAGGAGGGCCAACGCGCGUUUCUGGCGCUACACAACAACUUCCCGGGCCAGCCCAACCCCUUCUCUAACAUCAUCCGGUCCAACGGCUACCCGCUGGGCCCGUCCAGCGACGUGGGCGCCAUCUUCCCGCUGAUCGCCCGCCUCAACCACUCGUGCCGCCCCAACGCGCAGCACGCGUGGAACGAGGCCCUGCAGCGCGAGACCGUCUACGCCGUGCGCGACGUGGCGCCCGGCGAGGAGCUGACGCUGAGUUACCACAACGGCGGGCCCAGCGCCGAGCGCCGCGCCGCGCUGCGGCAGUUCUUUGGCUUCGAGUGCGCGUGCGAGCUGUGCGCGCUGCCGGCGAACAAGCUCGCCCGCAGCGACAAACAUCUCCGCGAUGCGCAGGCGCUGGACGAGCGGAUCGGCGACUCCAAGCGGGUCAAGAUGCAGCCCGAGGACGCGCUGAACGACUGCCGCGAGUUGCUGCGGGUCUACGAGGAGGAGGGCAUCACGGACCUCAGGGUGCCCAGGCUGUACUACGACGCGUUCCAGAUCUGUGCCAUGCACUCGGACGCCGCGAGGGCCAGCGUGUUUGCUGAGAGUGCGAGGAUAGCCAGGGAGCUAUGCGAAGGGCCGGACAGCGAGGAGGUUGCUAACCUGAAGAAGCUGGAGGCGAAGCCUGGCAGCUUUGAGAACUGGGGCUCCACGAAAAGAUGGAAGUCAGAAACCAAGGAUGCGGCAGAGAGGUAUAAGAAUGUUGAGAGGCCAGUGGGAGGUAAAAGUUCUAUAUGGGGCGCAUGA